AUGCAAACUCAAUGGGCUAUAGAUCCAUUACAAGAUGAUAGUAAGAGAAAUCAAUGCUUUAUCAUUAUUGCCGAUAAUAUGGACGGAAAGAGGUUGAAAGAAUUUGGUUUGAAGUUAGGCUUGUCUUCUAUUGAUGUUGAAGAUAUUGUCGAUAACAGUGACGAAAGAUUUGCAAAGUGCAUGAACUUAUUAAGAACAUGGUAUUCUAAAUUUGCUCCAAAAGUCAAUUGGAAUAAUCUAUUGGAAGCCUCACAUACUUGUAAAUUGGCAAAUAUAGGUGAAAAAUUGGGUACGCGCCAUAGAACGUGGGGAAUCCUCGAUAUCGUACAAUACUAUUUACGGCGAUCAAAUGCUACAAAUGUUCACGUGGAUUAG